CUCACGCCGGGCUGGGGGAGCAUCCCGCCCGGCUGCGGUCUCCUCACCUGAGACGCAGGGGGCCCGAUCCCUCCGCCAGGAGCUGCUAUCAGAGGAGGUAACAGGAGGCAUUAUCCCUGAAGUGUGCCCCUUCAUUCAAGAGUUCCUGGAGUUUCUCGUAUCCACCAUGAACACCUCUUACCUCCUGGACUCACUUUUUCUAGGAUCCCUGCAGGAUGAAAACAGGAGCAAGCAAAAGGGCAUCUUGUACAACUUCUCUGACCACUGCCAGGAUUCCAUGGACCUGAUGGUCUUCAUCGUCACUUCCUAUACCAUCGAGACCAUCGUGGGGGUCCUGGGUAACCUCUGCCUGAUUUGCGUGACCAUGAGGCAGAAAGAGAAGACCAAUGUGACCAACCUGCUCAUUGCAAACCUGGCCUUCUCCGACUUCCUCAUGUGCCUCAUCUGCCAGCCACUCACCGCCAUCUAUACCAUCAUGGACUACUGGGUCUUUGGCGAGGCCCUCUGCAAGAUGUCGGCCUUUAUCCAGUGCAUGUCGGUGACAGUCUCCAUUCUCUCUCUUGUCCUUGUGGCCCUGGAGAGGCAUCAGCUCAUCAUCAACCCAACGGGCUGGAAGCCCAGCAUCCCACAGGCCUACCUGGGGAUUAUGCUCACCUGGCUCAUUGCCUGCUCCCUCUCCCUGCCCUUCCUGGCCCACAGCGUCCUGGAGAAUGUCUUCCACAAGAACCACUCCAAGGCUCUGGAGUUUCUGGCGGAUAAGGUGGUCUGUACUGAGUCCUGGCCCCUGGACUACCACCGCGUCGUCUACACCACCUUCCUGCUGCUCUUCCAGUACUGCCUCCCCCUGGCCUUCAUCCUGGUCUGCUACGUGCGCAUCUACCAGCGCCUGCAGAAGCAGGGGAGUGUGUUCCGCAAGGGAGCUUACAGCUCACGAACCGGGCAGAUGAAGCGCGUCAAUGGGGUGCUCGUGGCGAUGGUGGCUGCCUUUGCAGUGCUCUGGCUUCCCUUGCACGUAUUCAACAGCCUGGAGGACUGGUACCCCGAGGCCAUCCCUGUCUGCCAUGGCAACCUCAUCUUCUUGGUGUGCCACCUGCUUGCCAUGGCCUCCACCUGUGUCAACCCUUUCAUCUAUGGCUUUCUCAACACCAACUUCAAGAAGGAGGUCAAGGCCCUGGUGCUGACUUGCCAGCAAAGCCCUCCCAUGGAAGAGUCUGAGCAUGUGCCCCUGUCCACUGUGCACACGGAAGUCUCCAAGGGGUCUUUGAGGCUAAGUGGCAAGUCCAACCCCAUUUAACCAGGUCUAAGGCUUCUCCUUGACACGUUUCUUACCAGGCUCUUUCACUUAACUAAGUGGGCAUGCUGCAGACUGGGAUGGCACCUCCUGCCAUCACCAGCUUUCUGGGGCCCAGAUAGGUUGGCAGGAGCCCAUUUUUUACAUUCAUUUGCGUCAUGAGGCCUAACAUUCAGCCAUUUGUUCCUGGCAGAAUUCUGAGUUUAGAUUCUGCAGGUCACAUGAACCUUUCAGCUUGAGCUGCAAGAUUCCAGAGCCGGAGAUGUCUGCUGGUAACAGGCAGGGUCAUUCUGAUAAUUCAGCAACAGAUGCCUGGCCUGGGAACCCAGGGAGUUCACGUGUGCCAGUGCGAUCUUGAGGCUGCUGUGUACUGAGGGAAGGAGUGCUUCGGGUCAGAACUCUGGACUUUGGUCCGACUUCAAAGAGAGAUGAUGAGUGUGGAUGAACUUUGUAAGGGUGAAGAAUUAUAUGGCUGCAAGCAGUGGGGUCUCUGUUACACCAUUAGCACAUCCAGCUGAAGAGAACAGAUCCUGGGAGCCUUGGAUCCUUGUGCUUCUCUGCAGCAGGAAUUCCAGAAUUCACAUCCUAGUCCAUCCUUUUUCUCUCUCACUGAAUUUGCCACCCAAUAUGGAAAUAAGCCUGCAACUGCCUCUCCUCGAUGUGGUUGUGAGCAUCUUGAGGCUGACAUCAUGUUGUCAUAGAGCUCAUGUUCUCCAUGCCUUCCCAGGGCAGGUCUGGAUGCAGGGAAAGAGCUCCAGAAAAAUCUUUCUGUGAUGGACUGAUGGUAAAGGUGCCACUCACAGCUGAGUAUCUGACCAAGGACAGGCUCCCUGUGCUGUGAUCUGGCGCGGCAAGGUCUAAGGGCUCAGGCUGUUGUACCCACAGUCUCUCACCUGAGCAUCCUUCCCUCCCAGGGCCUGUGGACAUGGCUGCUGGACAGAGACUUUGUGGCUCACCCCACUGUGGACCCACUACAGAGGCCUCCACAACUCCAGGCCAUGACUGCAACCUUCUUCCUUACAUGCUCUGACCACUGAGCAACUCGCCCUGGGAGAUGUACCAAAAUUCUUCUUCCGAUGUCCCAGGACCUGGGGCAUCAUAGUGGCCUUUUGUAGGAGCAGGGGCAGGGAGUCCUAGAAGUCAGACUGAAGAGGGUACUGGGUGAAAGGAGCGGGGGUCCCCUUCCCCCAGCCAUCCAGGGAGAAUGGAGAAAGGGCUCCAAUGAGUGUGAAUAUUUUACCUUAUAGGUCAUGGCCAAGUCCUGUGAAUGCUGAACAAGGUCCAAGGCUUCAUUGGUGUAUGGACCUGCUCUUGCAGGAAAGGAAGUGUCAAGGUCGCUCCUAGGUGGCCUUGCAUAGGAUACCUCAGUCUGGCUUUGUCUGUUCAGACCCACCCUCCAGCUGAGUGCGCCAUAGUCCUGGCAUGGUCUCCCAGGGCAGGGUAUUCAAAUGCCAGAGCCCUUGGGGGGGUCUCACAGGACAUUUGGCAAAGGAUCGGCUAGUGGGAGAUUGAACAGCCACAUCUGACUGUCUCUCUGGCCCUCACCCCUGACCUGUGCAUUCACAACCCAAAACAAGUGCUCUUUGAGCCAUCAGCUCCCUUCCUGGAGCUAUUCCUCUUGUUCCUGCUUUUGGUCACAUCUCCCAUUCAGUUCCUUUGUUCCCUUUUACCCUGGAUUUUUUGGCAGAUUUCUUGAGCCACUCUCUUGGACACAGCUUGUGCUUGUCCUCUGGUGCCAUCUGCUGCUGGCUGCUCCAGGUGAGCACCUGCCAGCAAAGCUGUGGCCCUUGGACCUAUCACAGCAAGACAUCAUUGUCCAAGCUCCCUAAGGAAUUGGGGGCCUCAGGCUCCCUUCUGAGCCCACACAGUGCUUGGAGUUUUCUUCUCAUUACUAAUCUCAAUGGUUCAAGAUGCCUGGGGACAAGGAUGGUUGAAGGUGCCAGUAUGCUUGAGGAUGGGGGGCAGGGCAGGCAUCUGGCACAGGUGCUUGGUGUUAGGAAAUUGGGUAGUAGGUGGAAGCCUUACUACAUGUCUUCUGUGCUUCCUUCACUUUGCUUAGGUUGAAUGGAUGGCUGCAUCCUUCUCCCAGGUCCUAACACUCUUAGGGUUGCUUGGUUACCCAGUACCUGGGAACUUACUAGCUAACGUGUGGUCCAAAGACCAGCAGCCCAGCAUCACCUGAAGCUUGUUGGAUGUGCAGAGUCCUUGUUGCCACCCUAGACCUAUUGAAUCAGAAUUCAGAUUUUAUCAAGAUCUCCAGGUUAACUGUACAUGCAUUAAAAUGUGAGAAGCUUUUCUUUAAGAAACAGGUUGCCCUGGAGCCUGGCGCCAUCAGGCAAGCAACCGUAGAUGCCCAUUCUGGGAUCUAGAGUGGAGCUUUAGCAAUCUGAGUUCUGGAGACAUGACUUUAAAAUUGUUAUUGCUCAAAAGGUGCCUCCAGUUUUGGUUGUUUAUCUCAUCACUGGCUGCAUGUGGCCAUAUUUCUUGUGAAAUCUUUUCAUUUCUUCAAUAAAUAUUUACCAAGUGCAUAGUUUGCAUAGUUACAUGCGUAGUGAACAUGCCCCUUUUAUUCUGCUUCAUUUCACUUAAAACUGUAUCAUCAACAGUUUCCCAUCUUGCUGGCUAUC